AUGGCUGAAGGAGCAGGUGGCAUCGACCGCAAGGCCGACGAGAGAAUGGAGUUCUCAACCUCCAAGGAGGUCACGGUCCAUCCGACCUUCGAGUCCAUGUCGCUAAAAGAGAGUCUUCUACGAGGUAUCUACGCAUAUGGCUACGAGUCACCUUCCGCCGUCCAGUCGCGAGCAAUCGUCCAGAUCUGCAAGGGUCGCGACACCAUCGCCCAGGCGCAGUCCGGUACGGGUAAAACAGCGACCUUCUCCAUCAGCAUGCUGCAGGUUAUCGACACAGCAGUGCGUGAGACACAGGCGCUGGUCCUUUCUCCGACUCGCGAAUUGGCCACCCAGAUUCAGAGCGUCGUCAUGGCUCUCGGCGACUACAUGAAUGUGCAGUGCCAUGCCUGCAUUGGUGGAACGAAUGUUGGCGAGGAUAUCCGCAAGCUCGACUACGGCCAGCACAUUGUGUCCGGUACCCCUGGUCGUGUGGCAGACAUGAUUCGCCGCCGUCAUCUCCGCACCCGUCACAUCAAGAUGCUGGUUCUUGAUGAAGCCGACGAGCUGCUCAACCAGGGAUUCCGCGAGCAAAUCUACGACGUCUACCGAUACCUGCCCCCCGCGACGCAAGUCGUCGUGGUGUCCGCCACGCUCCCCUACGACGUGCUGGACAUGACCACCAAGUUCAUGACAGACCCCGUGCGCAUCCUGGUUAAGCGUGAUGAGUUGACGCUGGAGGGUCUGAAGCAGUACUUUAUCGCAGUGGAGAAGGAGGACUGGAAGUUCGACACGCUGUGCGAUCUCUACGACACGCUUACCAUCACGCAGGCCGUCAUCUUCUGCAACACGCGCCGCAAGGUCGACUGGCUGACGGACAAGAUGCGCGAGGCCAACUUCACCGUCAGCAGCAUGCACGGCGACAUGCCGCAGAAGGAGCGAGACAGCAUCAUGCAGGACUUCAGGCAGGGCAACAGCCGUGUGCUGAUCUCUACGGAUGUGUGGGCGCGUGGUAUCGAUGUGCAGCAGGUCAGCUUGGUCAUCAACUAUGACCUGCCGAGCAACCGUGAGAACUACAUCCAUCGUAUUGGUCGAUCGGGUCGUUUCGGUCGCAAGGGUGUCGCGAUCAACUUCGUCACCAGCGAGGAUGUGCGCAUUCUGCGAGACAUCGAGUUGUACUACUCAACCCAGAUCGAUGAGAUGCCAAUGAAUGUGGCUGAUCUCAUCUCGUAA